CUCAGUUGAACAAACCAAAGAGAUCCCCGCUGCCUGGCCUGCUAUACGAGACCAUAACGACUUACCAUUUUUGGUCACUAACGCGUUCCGUUGGAAAUCAAAGUACAUUUCGCUAAUCAUCAAAGAGUGAUUUCGUGGAAGUUAUCGACAUAAAUUGUGAUCUUCGAGGUCAGGUGUUUUACAUGGCUAGGUCGGACCCAGUAGAGUGGUACUAUGUGGGGGUGGACGUGGGGACAGCCAGUGUGAGGGCUGCUCUAGUCACCAGGGAGGGCCAAGUAAAGACCACUGCAGAGGAGAUGGUCACCAUCUGGAAACCUCACUCAGACCAUUAUGUCCAGUCAUCCACUGACAUUUGGGCUAAGUGCUGUAGCACAGUCCGGAAAGUGACCCAGGGAGUGCAGAGGAAUCAGGUCAGAGGGGUGGGUUUUGAUGCCACCUGUUCCCUAGUGGUCCUGGACCAGAACUUUCAGCCUGUAGCUGUCAACCAGGAUGGUGAGGCUGAGAGGAACGUGGUGAUGUGGAUGGACCAUCGCGCUGCAGAGCAGGCUGCACGCAUCACCAGCACUGGCCACAGGGUCCUGAGCAGGGUGGGAGGGGUAAUGUCACCAGAGAUGCAGCCCCCCAAGCUGCUCUGGCUGAAAGAGAACCUGAGAGCGACAUGCUGGAGGGACGCUGCCCAUUUUCUGGACCUCCCUGACUUCCUGUCCUGGAAAGCCACAGCUUCUCUGGCCAGGUCCUUAUGUACUGUGGUCUGUAAGUGGACCUAUUGCCCCACAGAAAAAUGGGACACUAGCUUCUGGACAGCCAUUGGUUUGGAGGACUUACUGGAAAACGACCAUUCCAAAAUAGGCAGUGUGACCUGCUGUCCAGGGAGCCCAGUGGGAGAAGGCCUUACCCAAGAAGCUGCAGCCGAACUGGGGCUGGACACGGGCACUGCAGUGGGAGCCUCCCUCAUCGAUGCCCACGCUGGAGGCCUAGGUGUGAUUGGUGCAGACGUGAGGGGGUUCUCCCUGCCCUGUGAGGACCAGCCAAUCACGUCGCGCAUGGCCAUGAUCUGUGGAACAUCUUCCUGUCACAUGGCGAUCAGCCAGGGGCCCCUGUUUGUACCGGGUGUGUGGGGACCGUACCUGUCCGGCAUGGUGCCUGAGUUGUGGCUCAACGAGGGAGGACAGAGUGCUACUGGAAGACUGAUUGACCAUGUGGUGAAAGGUCAUGUAGCCUACCCCCAGCUACAGGAGCAGGCGGUGAAAGGUGGGGAGCAUAUCUACAGUUACCUAAACAGACACCUGUCCUCCAUGGCUAAAGACCUGGGGGCUCCCCUGGAGCUGCUGGCCUCCAGCCUCCACGUCUGGCCAGACUUUCAUGGCAACCGCUCCCCCCUGGCAGACCCCACUCUGAGGGGCGCGGUGGUUGGGCUGCCAUUGUCCCAGACCCUGGAUGACCUGGCCCUGCUUUACCUUGCUACUGUACAGGCACUGGCUCUGGGCACCCAGCAUAUCCUAGAGGCCAUGACACAGGCAGGCCAUGACAUCACAACCCUCUUCCUGUGUGGGGGGUUGAGUAAGAAUCCUCUUUAUGUGCAGAUACACGCCAAUGCCACAGGGUUGCCCUUGGUGCUUCCUGCCCAGACAGAGGCUGUGUUAGUGGGAGCAGCAGUCCUAGGUGCCUGUGCUUCCCAUGAUUAUAGCUCCAUACUGGAGGCGAUGGAGAAAAUGGCCAAAGUGGGAAAAGUUGUUCAGCCUGACCACGAGCUCUGGAGCUUUUACAGGAAGAAGUACUCUGUGUUCCUGCGCCUCCAUGUCCACCAGAGGGAGUACAUGGCCCUUAUGAAUGACUGACUGAGAACCGCGAGGUGCCACUGUCCAGCCUGUUGAAAUAGCAGACAGUAAUCCCAACACUGAGGUUGGAUUAGACUGAAUGUAAUAUCAAGUAGAGACUGUGGAUGCGACUAUGAUAUCAGACACCCCAAAUGAGUUGAUUCCAAAAAUCAGCUGGACCCAGAUAUCCAAUACACCUAUUAGGUGAAAAGAGUCUGAACUCGAACGUGAUUUAUCAAAUGCAAAAUGAUGGUGACACUAUCCAUCUUGAGUUGACGCAUGCGGGAAGAUGUAGGAAAUUAAUGCAAUUUCCCAGUAUUUAAGAUGUGAAGUCCUGGCCUGAAAAUCUAAUAUGGCCUACAGUACUAUCCACAGGACACUGAUAAGAGUUAAAAAUGCAUUGACAGAAAGUCAACCUGUGAAAAGCAAUAAAACAGUCAUCUUGAAAUAUUAUGCAAGUUUAUAAGAAUUUGAAA